AUGGGCUACCCGUGUCAAGUUUUCCACGCUUCAGAGCUUCCUGAGCGUGUCCAGACCAACCUGAGCGGUCGCAAACGCAAGCUAGACCAGGGCGCCAAGAAUGUCGAUCUAAAUGGUUGCGAGCUCCUCGAGAUGCUGCAGUAUAAAUGCGAGAUCAAGGAGCCUGUCAAAUGGGAUAGCCCUGUGCAAUGUUUCGCCGUUGAACGACUAUUUCGAAAAUGUCAAGACAGGAAGGGUUCGUUUAUGAUUGAGACAACAGCAUGGGAGGGCAAAGAUUAUCCUGCCGAGGGACGGAAAGGCGAUGAUGGGAAAGAUGGCAAAAACAAGGCACCUCCUCAGCACUACCACUGGUCUUCAAGUUGGCACUCACCCGACACAGCAAGAUGA